AUGUCUGCUGUCAACUCAGAUGUACCUGGUGGGACUGAUGGAAGAAAUGCAGAAUCCAGUAGGGGGGCGGCGGACUCCCCCAAAGUCGCUCCGGUCUCUGAGCUCCCUCGUCCCGCCAACCCUGGCAUCGCCAGCCUCCCUUUCCAGCCUGGAAAAGUUGCCCUCCAUCCUGUCUACACCAACGGCUUCGGGGGUCCCCUGGGCUCCGUGAGGCAGCAGCCACAGGGGCCGGGGAAGCAGCGCGUCAGCUCCACCGCUUCCAUCGGCUCCAAAGGCAGCCGGAAGAGCUGCAAAUCGACCGCUUCUCAGAUCCAGGAGGUGGCAGGAGAUGAUUGCUGUGCCCACUGUGCCCUCGCCUGCCUCUUCUGCGAGUUCGUCUCCCUCUGCUCGCUCGCCCUGGACUGCUUGGGCUGCGGGGGAUGCCUGAAGGUUUGCUGCAGUGGGGACGGCGGGGAAUCCCUGGCGGAGUGUUGCUGCUGCGGGGAAGCCGGCGGAGGGAAUUGCCCCUGCGGCUUUGGGUGUGGGAUGCUGCAGGAUUGCUGCGGUUCUUCUGACUGCCUGGAGAUCUGCCUGGAGUGCUGUUCCAUCUGCUUCCCGGCUUGA